AGGGAGCACGACUGAACAAUGCAGCUAGAUACAGUAUAUCAUGCUUCUCAUGAGGAAGGAGAUCAGGUUCAGGGACUAGACUACACACUCAGUCCAGAAGCUGCAAGUUCGGUGUCAAAACCUCAACGCUGUCGAACUGUGGCAAGGGUAGAACCAGCAGUAGGCUUGUGCAAUUCCGAAAUGUCUCUCGCCGUUACUGAGGCACCCAUUGGAGUCCCAGACCAUCAUCAGCCGCGGUCCGUCGAUGUGAGCCCGCUCAGCGAGUUAUCAGCAAGUACACCACCCUCUGAACUCAUGCCAAAUAACACAGGGCAGGCAGCACCUACUGAUCUGGAAUGUACUGCUGGAGUCCCUUGUGAAAUGGCUUCGUCAAAAAAGGAAGUGCCUGAGAACAAUGAUGUGCUUCAGCUGGUCUCACAGAGUCUGGGAUCUCCUGGCUUAAGGCUUUGCACCACAAGUAAAGAUGAUGAGGUCAAACUGAGAACAGAUGAAUCCGGAAAUCCGGAGCAGCAGCCGAUCACAGUGCACCAAAUGUUGACGGAGUCUGUUGAGAAAUUUGCUGACUACAUGGCGCUUGCUUCAAAGCAAGGUGAACACUGGAAGAAGAUGACAUUUAAACAAUAUUAUAAUGAAUGCAGGGAUGCCGCCAAGAGCUUUCUGAAGCUUGGACUCGAGCGGUUCAAAGGUGUUGGUAUCCUUGGCUUCAACUCUCCGGAAUGGUUCAUUGCAGAUAUUGGAGCAAUUCUAGCUGGUGGAGUGGCUGUUGGAAUCUACACUACAAAUUCACCUGAAGCCUGUCACUAUGUAGCGAACGACAGUGAAGCAAAUAUCUUGGUGGUAGAGAACAGCAAGCAACUGCAGAAGAUCUUGCAGAUUCAAGAUCAGCUACCACAUCUAAAAGCAAUUGUACAAUACAAGGAGGAACUGAAAGAGAAAAGACCAAACCUUUACACGUGGUCAGAGUUCAUGCAGCUCGGGAAGGAUGUGCCCGAUUCACAACUGGAUGAGACCAUUGCCUCCCAAAAGCCCAAUCAAUGUUGCACACUCAUCUACACUUCAGGGACCACCGGAAAGCCAAAGGGAGUCAUGUUGAGCCAUGAUAACCUAACGUGGACAGCGAAUGCAGCAGGAAAUAUGGUGAACCUUCGGCCAGCCACUGAGAGCCAGGAGUCUAUUAUCAGCUACCUUCCGCUGAGUCACAUUGCUGCACAGAUGAUCGACAUCUGGCUGUCCGUAAAGUUUGGAGGAAUCACUUACUUUGCACAACCUGAUGCACUGAAGGGCUCGUUGGUGAAUACCAUGAGAGAGGUGCGACCAACGGCGUUUAUGGGUGUUCCUCGUGUCUGGGAGAAGAUGCAAGAGAAAAUGAAGACAGUAAGUGCAAAAUCUUCAACCGUAAGGAGGAAAGUGGCUUCCUGGGCAAAGGAUGUCGGUUUGAAAACCAACCUUGAUCGCAUGAAUGGAAACAUGGCAGUAUCCUGGAACUUCCGUCUAGCCAACAAAUUGGUGUUCAAAGUGGUUCGGAAUGCACUUGGAUUGAAUCGUUGCACCAAGUGUUAUACUGGAGCGGCUCCAAUUACCAAAGACACACUGGAGUUUUUCCUCAGUCUCAACAUCCCCAUAUAUGAGUUGUACGGAAUGAGUGAGAGCUCAGGACCACACACCAUUUCAGUUCCGAAUUCCUUCCGACUUUCAAGCUGUGGAAAGGUGAUGACCGGCUGUAAAACGAAGAUCUUCAACCCUGACGCGGACGGCUGCGGCGAGAUCUGUUUCUGGGGCAGGCAUCUGUUCAUGGGGUAUCUGAACAUGGAGGAUAAGACGCAAGAAGCGAUUGACGAGGAUGGUUGGCUGCAUUCGGGAGACCUGGGCAAGCACGACGAGAAUGGCUUCCUCUAUAUAACAGGAAGAAUUAAAGAGUUGAUUAUCACCGCCGGUGGGGAAAACAUACCGCCUAUUCCCAUUGAGGACGCUGUAAAGGAACGUGUACCAAUCAUCAGCAAUGCUAUGCUGAUCGGAGACAAACGCAAGUUCCUGUCUAUGUUAUUGACACUGAAGUGCAAUAUAAACAGCGAUACAGGAGAGCCACAGGAUGACCUGACGGAAGAGGCGAUCCAGUAUUGCCAGACGAUAGGUUGCAAAGCCACCAAAGUGUCAGAAAUCUACUCCAGCAAAGACGCAGCUGUGUUUGCUGCCAUUCAGGAAGGCAUCAAUCGUGUGAAUGAAAAGGCCUUAUCUAAUGCCCAACGAAUUCAGAAAUGGUGCAUCUUGGAGAAGGACUUCUCCAUUCCAGGUGGAGAAUUAGGUCCAACAAUGAAACUGAAACGACCUGUGGUCCUGAAGAUGUACAAUGAGCAAAUUGAUGAUUUCUAUAAGGAUGCAAUAACUCCAGUCACUCCAGAUAAUCCACUCCCAGGGAAAUAGAAUCAACAGUUACCACAGAGUGAAACACCAGCUGGAAUUGUGCACUCUUUUAUAUUUUUAAUUAUUGCAAUUGUAUUCACGUUUUACAUUUACUUGUAAGGUUCGUUUUAUUUGAAGGAAAUGGCGAAAUCAUUUUCAUACUUCAUUAAUGUUACAAUGGGGAAACUAAUUGUAUUGCAUUUGUACUUGCCAGGGAUUCAGGGUUGUUCAACAAGUCGUAUGGAGACCAUGAGUUUGUGUAUUUAUAGCUUUGGCACAACCCUUGUCUCAGCACUGCAAACAUUACUGGCUUGAAAAGUUCUGUUAUAUUUAAAUGUACAAGUACAUGUGAGAAAAAUUUUGACAUUUGGCUUCACUGGAAGAAGUCGAACUGCUUUUGUCUUAAAAUGUAGUAAGUUUGAAAGGUAGGCAGCAAACAUUCUGUUGAUAGUGAUGUGUUUUGGGAUACAGAAAAUGUUGUUUACAAAAUCCAUAUUGGAAGGUUGAUAUUCUGUUAUACACGAUUACAGUCUCCAAAGAAAUGCUAUAUCAUUUUACUUUUGAUAGCCACAUGUCUGUAAAGAGUAUUAUUCCAGUUGUUUUUGUACAGCCGAAAAAGAAUUAUUUAAGCUUGUCAUAAACUAUGUCUUUGUUUUGGCUAUUUAUUUUUCAGGAAGUUGCCAUGAAAUAUAUUUUUGUGUUUUAGGUGUGCAUUUUGUAGAAAUGCUGUACAGCCCUAUGGGAGAAAUGAAAUAGAAAAUCAAAUGAUUCAUUUUUAUACGUGAGAAGCCAUAUAACGUGGCAAUGCUUUAAAUACUGCAGAAUCAUCUUGCCUUGUACCCUCACAAUGCAUCAGCAUAAUUGACGGAUUAGAAUGGUAUGUUUACAUUCAUUCCAGUACUUUUGCUUCAUUAUCUCCACUUCCUUUAUCAGGUAUUUCCGCAGUUAAAAGAAACGUCGGUUUCUCUGUGCCCCACAGAAUCCCACAACUUGCAACUCUCUGCAUAAUUGACUAAAGUUGCAUUUUGUAAGCAGCUGGUGCAGUCUCUUCUCACCACCCCCCCCCCCUCCCAGUUCCUGUGGUAGUAACUUUUAAGUUUCAAUUGUGACUUGCUCUUCUUGUGCUCAAUUUAAUGUGCCUCCAUACCAGACGCCUGGGAAGCGGUUCUGGGCUUAUAGCCUUUUUUAAAGUGCCUGUUUAUUCCCCUGCGUGUGGAAUGAAAUAACUUGUCACUAUUGUGCAUCUCUCAGACUCUAGUCCAACACCUCAUUUGUGAAAUAAGUUCCUAGCUAGGUAGCAUAAGUGUAGCAGCAUGACAUGUGAUCACUGCUUGUCGCUGUGGUUGUCCCAGGCGGCUGUAUUUGCACAGCCCUUAACAAACCACUUUUGCCUCCACAGCAAUGGCCUGCCUUGCUUGCACUUCCUGGAUUGACUGCUUACUAGAUGAUGCAUUGUGGAGCCUUUCUGUAAUAAAUGCGUUGAGUUUAUUUGCUGCUGAAGCUUUGAAAAUCAGGCUUCACGUGCUUGUGUGGUUAACAUGCGGCUGAAGCAAUCGGAUCCUGAGAGGGUACGGGGAAUGGGACUCCAAUAUUUUUUUUAUCACGAGGCUGUUUUGUCUUAAGAUACCAAGUGUCUCAAAUGUCCCCUUUAGACAGCUCUAUACUUUGGAUCCUUGCAAUUUUCUGACUGCUUGUUUAAUUUUUGACAACAUGAUAUGUAAAUGUUUACCAUUAGUGUCCGUUGAGGCAAGCCCUGUAAAUCUGUUUAAAACAGGAUCGGACUGAGGAUGGGAAAGACCAACAGGAUAGUUGGAGAUGAGAUGAAGCUCAGUUGUAAUUGAACAACACUGAGUGUAUUGGGUAGGGGGGGGGAAUGACCUUUUAUAAUUUCUACCAAAACAUCAGUGAGGAGUGUUGGGAAUCAAAUUUUCAGUGUCUAUCAUCACGUUUUUAAUCACAACACUCUUUACAAAUGAUGGCAUGUGUCAGUUCUUAGUUUUUAAGAUUGAAGGGUAGAGGUAUUAACCAGGAAACAAGACCCAUUUGGCUGUUUACAUUUGACUGAUUUAAUAAAACUUAGGCAGCAACUUGGUUAAUUCACAAAAAUGUACCACUUAAAAUGACAGGCUGUGAUCUCAGAAUGCAUAGUUUACACAAUUUCCUACUGAGUUGUGCAAUGCCCGCUUUCCACCCAGUUUGCCUCUGACAGGAAAGUAAUACAAAGGUUGUUUGUUUUCGUCCUCUGUGCGUCUGUAUAAAUGUAACAUCUGAUUGAAUGCAUUAAGCCAGUUUUCAAACUGAGCACAGUGCUUUGAACUCUUAGAAAUCCAACGCUAAGCUUUGUCCAGUGAGUACUUUGCCACUUUACAGUUAACUCCAGAUAUUUUGGCUAACAGGUUAACUUUUUUUAAUAUGUCACUUCAUGUGAACGAAUGUUGUUUGAAGUCUAAUUAGUUAUUUUUCAUGAAUAUUAACUCCAUCUAGACUGUAUUCAGUGUAAAUAUGGGUAUUGUAUUAGGUAAAUUAUUGCUACAGCAGACUGUAAAUUUUGCAUGAACUUGUACAAUACAAUUCAAACAUUCGUGUAUUUCAUGGCACCAUGAUGGAAUGUGUUACAAAUAAACUUGUGAAGUCAGUGGCUUUCCAGGAGGUCAUGUUGUAGCAGACAGUGUUUUCAAUGUGGAUUUUAUCUUAGGCUGGAGGAGAAUUUAAACACAAUAUAUUUGCUACCAUAAAGCCUUUUUAAGGCAGAACAAAACUGCCUGUGUCAAUCACAUUGAAAGUACAGGUAUAAGAAAGUACUAAGAAAUCUUUCAAAGCGUCUUCAUUCCCAACAUGCUAUGUUCUUUGUGACAUAGUGUUAGAAGUACCUCCCCAUAUGCUUUUCUAGUUAAAGCUUUUGUAUUCAAUUAUAAAUACUACUAAAUAUAAAUAGAUUCUGAUUAAGUAGAAACUAUAAAGAAACAUAUACAGUGUCCACUUUAACAUAAAACCGUUUUUAACAUAAAAACCAAAUGUUCUUUGGAUGUUAGCUCAUACCAUGUGAGGAAUGUUGUUUAGAUCCACUUUUGAAUUGGGCCAGUGACUUCAAUCCUCCAUCGCUGUCUAUACCGAGACAGCUACGCCCUCUAAUUGGCUGGAGAAAAUUUGAUCAGCUCAGUGAAAUACAUGGGGUGAUUGAUGAGUUUGUGGCCUAAGGUAGAAGGAGUCAAUUUUAGAAAAGCUG